GAUGUAAGACCAGGGAGCUCCUUCAGACACAUUUCCCUUUGCAAUUACCGCUCAGUAUUUCCUGGGUAACGGGCACCAUCUCAGGACACUGCCAUCAGCAACUCCACUGCCGGCCGGGACUGGGGGGGCUGCUGCAUGUGUGGCAGAAGCAGCGUGGAAACUGAGCAGCCGGAACCAUGACCACACACGUCACGUUGGAGGAUGCCUUGUCCAAUGUGGACUUACUGGAGGAGCUGCCUCUACCAGAUCAGCAGCCAUGCAUCGAACCUCCUCCAUCUUCCAUCAUGUACCAGGCUAAUUUUGACACAAACUUUGAAGACAGAAAUGCCUUCGUAACGGGCAUUGCCAGGUACAUCGAGCAGGCGACAGUGCACUCCAGCAUGAAUGAAAUGCUGGAAGAGGGCCAUGAGUAUGCUGUGAUGCUUUACACAUGGAGAAGCUGCUCCCGAGCCAUCCCCCAGGUGAAAUGUAAUGAACAGCCAAACCGAGUGGAGAUUUAUGAGAAGACGGUGGAAGUCCUGGAGCCAGAAGUCACCAAGCUUAUGAAAUUCAUGUAUUUUCAGCGCAAGGCUAUUGAGCGGUUCUGCAGCGAGGUGAAGCGCCUGUGCCAUGCUGAGAGAAGGAAGGACUUUGUCUCUGAGGCCUAUCUCCUGACUCUGGGGAAAUUUAUUAACAUGUUUGCCGUCCUGGAUGAGCUGAAGAACAUGAAGUGCAGCGUCAAAAACGAUCACUCUGCAUACAAAAGAGCUGCCCAGUUUCUGAGGAAGAUGGCAGACCCGCAGUCCAUCCAGGAGUCCCAGAACCUCUCCAUGUUCUUGGCAAACCACAACCGCAUCACACAGUGUCUGCACCAGCAGCUAGAGGUUAUCCCGGGCUAUGAGGAGCUGCUGGCUGAUAUUGUCAACAUCUGUGUGGAUUACUAUGAAAACAAGAUGUAUCUCACCCCCAGUGAGAAACACAUGCUCUUAAAGGUGAUGGGGUUUGGCCUAUAUCUGAUGGAUGGGAAUGUCAGCAACAUUUACAAACUGGACGCCAAGAAGAGGAUCAACCUUAGCAAAAUAGACAAAUUCUUCAAGCAGCUGCAGGUGGUUCCUUUAUUCGGCGAUAUGCAGAUAGAACUGGCCAGAUACAUUAAGACCAGUGCUCACUAUGAGGAGAACAAAUCCAAGUGGACGUGCACUCAGAGCAGCAUAAGUCCCCAGUACAACAUCUGUGAGCAGAUGGUCCAGAUCCGGGACGACCACAUCCGCUUCAUCUCAGAGCUCGCUCGCUACAGCAACAGUGAGGUGGUCACUGGCUCAGGACUGGACAGCCAGAAAUCGGAUGAAGAAUACAGGGAGCUCUUUGACCUUGCGUUACGGGGGCUGCAGCUGCUAUCCAAGUGGAGUGCCCAUGUCAUGGAAGUGUACUCCUGGAAGCUGGUUCAUCCCACAGAUAAGUUCUGUAACAAAGAUUGCCCAGGAACAGCAGAAGAGUAUGAGAGAGCCACCAGAUACAACUACACCAGUGAAGAGAAGUUUGCUUUUGUGGAAGUAAUUGCCAUGAUCAAAGGUCUGCAAGUGUUGAUGGGCCGGAUGGAGAGUGUCUUUAACCAAGCCAUCCGCAACACUAUCUAUGCAGCCCUGCAGGACUUUGCCCAGGUAACCCUGCGAGAACCACUGAGGCAGGCAGUCAGGAAGAAGAAGAACGUCCUGAUCAGUGUCCUUCAGGCAAUUCGGAAGACGAUCUGUGACUGGGAGGGAGGUCGAGAGCCUCCAAAUGAUCCUUGCCUGAGAGGUGAGAAGGAUCCCAAAGGUGGAUUUGAUAUAAAAGUCCCACGGCGAGCAGUAGGACCAUCAAGUACCCAGCUCUACAUGGUGCGGACCAUGCUGGAGUCCCUCAUAGCAGACAAGAGUGGCUCAAAGAAGACACUGAGGAGCAGCUUGGAUGGGCCAAUAGUCUUGGCCAUUGAGGAGUUCCACAAGCAGUCUUUCUUCUUCACCCACCUUCUCAACAUCAGUGAAGCGCUGCAGCAGUGCUGUGACCUGUCCCAGCUCUGGUUCCGGGAAUUCUUCCUCGAGCUGACCAUGGGCCGCCGUAUUCAGUUUCCCAUUGAGAUGUCCAUGCCCUGGAUCCUUACGGACCAUAUUCUGGAAACCAAAGAACCUUCCAUGAUGGAGUAUGUACUGUACCCCUUGGACCUCUAUAACGACAGCGCGUAUUAUGCCUUGACUAAGUUCAAAAAGCAGUUCCUGUAUGAUGAAAUUGAGGCUGAGGUGAAUUUGUGUUUUGAUCAAUUUGUGUACAAGCUGGCAGAUCAGAUCUUUGCGUAUUAUAAAGCCAUGGCUGGCAGCGUUUUGUUGGAUAAACGUUUUCGAGCUGAAUGUAAGAAUUAUGGAGUGAUUAUUCCAUACCCACCAUCCAACCGCUACGAGACACUACUCAAGCAGAGGCAUGUCCAGUUGCUUGGUAGAUCAAUUGACCUAAACAGGCUCAUAACACAGCGUAUCUCAGCUGCAAUGUACAAAUCAUUAGACCAAGCCAUUAGCCGCUUUGAGAGCGAGGACCUAACCUCUAUAGUGGAGCUGGAGUGGCUCUUGGAAAUAAACCGCCUGACUCACAGGUUGCUCUGCAAGCAUAUGACUUUGGACAGCUUUGACGCCAUGUUCCGAGAGGCCAACCACAAUGUCUCCGCGCCCUAUGGGCGCAUCACCCUCCAUGUCUUCUGGGAGCUCAACUUUGACUUUCUACCCAACUACUGCUACAAUGGAUCCACUAACAGGUUUGUGAGGACUGCAAUUCCGUUCACGCAGGAGCCCCAACGGGACAAACCAGCCAACGUUCAGCCCUAUUACCUCUAUGGAUCCAAGCCUCUCAAUAUUGCCUACAGUCACAUCUAUAGCUCCUACCGCAAUUUUGUGGGACCACCUCAUUUUAAGACAAUCUGCAGGCUCCUUGGCUACCAAGGGAUCGCAGUGGUCAUGGAAGAGCUGCUGAAGAUCGUCAAGAGCCUGUUACAAGGCACCAUCCUGCAAUACGUGAAAACACUGAUAGAAGUAAUGCCCAAGAUAUGCCGCUUGCCAAGACAUGAAUAUGGCUCUCCAGGAAUCCUGGAGUUUUUCCAUCAUCAGCUGAAGGACAUCAUUGAGUAUGCAGAGCUGAAGACCGACGUGUUCCAGAGCCUUAGAGAAGUGGGCAAUGCCAUUCUCUUCUGCCUUCUUAUUGAGCAGGCUUUGUCCCAGGAAGAAGUUUGUGAUUUGCUGCAUGCUGCUCCCUUCCAAAAUAUUUUGCCCAGGGUCUACAUCAAAGAAGGAGAACGCUUGGAGGUGCGCAUGAAGCGUCUCGAAGCCAAGUAUGCCCCACUUCACCUGGUUCCCUUAAUAGAGAGGCUGGGCACUCCGCAGCAAAUAGCCAUUGCCCGGGAGGGUGACUUGCUGACCAAGGAGCGGUUGUGCUGCGGGUUGUCCAUGUUCGAAGUGAUCCUGACGCGAAUUAGGAGCUACCUGCAGGACCCAAUCUGGCGUGGGCCACCCCCUACGAAUGGGGUCAUGCACGUGGACGAGUGCGUGGAAUUUCACCGACUCUGGAGUGCCAUGCAGUUUGUGUACUGCAUCCCCGUGGGCACAAACGAGUUCACUGCAGAGCAGUGCUUUGGAGAUGGUCUGAACUGGGCAGGUUGCUCUAUCAUUGUUCUUCUUGGACAGCAACGUCGCUUUGACCUCUUUGACUUCUGCUACCACCUGCUGAAGGUGCAAAGGCAGGAUGGGAAGGAUGAAAUCAUAAAAAAUGUGCCCUUGAAGAAGAUGGCUGACAGGAUUAGGAAGUAUCAGAUCCUGAACAACGAGAUUUUUGCCAUCCUGAACAAGUACAUGAAGUCGGUGGAGACGGACAGUUCCACAGUGGAGCACGUGCGCUGCUUCCAGCCCCCAAUCCACCAGUCCCUGGCCACCACCUGCUAGUGUGGACACUACCCCUUCUGGGUUGGAAAGGGAGGAGAGACUGAACCCAGAACGACUGGGAGGGGUCAACUUGAUGGUGUGAGAUCUGGCAACAAAGGAAGACUAGGUAUACCUAAUGCACACAAGGACACAUCUUCCUAUCUGGCCCUGUUUGAGUGCAUGUUCUGUAACAUCCCUGUGAUUGGUUUUAUUGUAGCUUUAAAACUUGGGGGUGGGUGGGCAAAAUGUGCUUUUCUUCCAUGAAGUGGUCUGUUUUUUCCCUGCGAUUCAUCCAGUCAAGCUAUGUUUGAAGCCAUAUUACAGUUCUAGGUGUGGGGUUCCGGUCAGAGUUACUUGUUUCCAGAGCACUGGAAGCCCUUUCCCACCGCAGAAGCAAUGGGGCAAAUGGAUCCCCCCGCUGUGACGCAUGCCACCAGCCACGGGGGAGCAGGGUUUGAAGACAAACCCUGACUUGCCCUUUGGAGGAAAAGGGGCAUGAAGGCACGUUUUCACCUAUCACAGCACCCUGAGGACCAAACAAUCCGAGCAGAGAAGGAAAGCCGUGCCGGUCUGGUCUUAGAUUCCUGCAUGACCCAGGUUGAGGCCAGCUUUGUUCUGCCUGAUGAGCCACCUGCCUUUCUAGCAUCUGUUACAGGGAGUUUUGACACAUGGGUUUCAGAACAGCAAUAACCUAGUUGCCGAAUAACUCUUCAGCAUUUCAGUGAGCUGGGGGAAGGAAAAAUACCAUGGCUUUUUCCUUGCUAUGGGACAUGCACCUAUUUUAAGUCAAAGGGUUCUCCCCUGAAGUUAUAUCUUCCAUGGUGUCAACAAGAUUUCUUAAUGAGUGCAGAAGAGUCCACCCUCACCUGAAUAUGCUCUUGAGCAUAUUAAUUUGGCUGGAGGAGAAUAAUCGCUGAUCCUGACAGGAGGCAACUGGUACAUAUGUGAUAUUUGACCUCAAGGCAAGGAGGAGAGCGGGGAUGUCGUUUUACCUUGUUCGAGAUGAAUUCCUAGUGGCACAGGCUCCAACUAUCUUUUUUCAGAAAAUGAGGAUUUUUCAGCAGGCAGUGAUAAACUCCAGCACACUCAGAAAUGACAUAAUUCUUUAGAAGAGGUAAAAUAUGGGAUUAGAGCAUUUAAAAACCCAGCAUUUUCCAGGCUCAAAGGCAUUCUGAGGGAACAUCGAAGUCUAUUUUCUUCUCCAGCUCAGCUCAUCUGAUAUCCUUGGAUACUGAAAGCAAAUUCAAUGCAAGCUUCAAGAAGGAUUGUACAGUUCACUGUCUUCCCUGCUUCCCCACAGUAAUGUCAAUGAAGUGAUACAAAAGCUUAUGCCUGAAGUUGAAGGAGACCAAACCGUAGACACCAAGAGAAAACGAGGCUAGCCUCACUACUGCAAGAAGUUUUAACGUCUCAAUUUUAAUCAGGUCAUAGCAGAUAAUUGCUGUUGUGGUGUACAGAUGCGAUAACAUAUAUUCCUGUCAUGCAUUUUAUCAUGCCUUGUAAACUGCAUGCUAGUACAGGUGUAAAAAAGACAGAGCCUGGGCAUUUAUUCUCUCGGGGAUAAUGCAUAAUUAAUUAUGUGAAAUGUCCCAGCUGGAAAAUUUGGUUUUAGGAAACAGCAGCCAGCACUGUAGUAUUAGCAAGAGGAGAUCAUGCUGUAUGAGAUAACUUUGCUUUCCCAGAAGCUUGCACCUAUUUCCUUGAUAAUCAAUAUAUCCACAGAGGAAAAGUGCUUUACAUCUUGAGUUAAUUUCUGAGACAGACAUUUAAACUGCGAUGAGAAAAUUCUGCAGCACAGUUACCUGAAGGUAAAAUAAAAUCUCAGGAAUUCUGGCUGAAAUCUUUGAGUGGCGGGAGAAGGACCCAGCCUGGGAAGGUGAAAUCAUUUCCUUCUUGUCGUGAGGACAAGCAGCAGAGGAGCAUUUGGAUCCAGCUACAUCGAAGGGCUCCGUUCUACGUUUACUCCUUCACUAAGGAUGUCAGUUCUGGUUUUCCAACACUUCUACACUGCUGAAACUACUGGAGUCGGGGGAUCUACAGAGAUAUAUUUUUUAAAAGGGAGAGGAGAAUCAAGCACUUUAUUUUUUGUGGAAAACCAGAUAUGAGGAAAAUAGAUCCUACUAAGAUCCUAUUUUUCCUGACCUAAAUAGUAAGUGCUUGUUAUUUUGGUAUGCAAGUGUUGCAGAAAAGGUGGCACAAGUCCCUGUCUGGCUCUCAGAGCCACCUCUGGGCACAGCACAAAUUAAAUAUCCCACUAUGUCUGACACGUUAUGGGGUGUUGGAGCCUUGUCAGAAACCAGCAUGAGCAAGAAGUUAAUACUGAAGGCUGAACUGCACCGCACAGCCCAGUCUCAGCUACCUAGACAAAAUAGGUGAUAAUAAGGUGAAUUUAAAUGCCUGCUUUCAUGUGUUUAGGCUUGGAGUGAGGCAUGAGAUAUUUUACCUAAGCAUGAAUAUCGCUUUGCAUUCUUUUACUGUAGUUCUGUCAUAAUAGUUCUCUGAAAACCUGGGAAACACAGUUGGGUGUACUUAAACAGAGUAAGUAAAUGAAAUCUGUUUGUUGCCCUCAGAUUUGCUGGCAAAACGCACCCCUUCAGAUUCGAAGGGAUGAAAUGUUUUGAGCAAAAUGUCCAAAGUGCAUGAACAAGAUGUAAAGUGGUUUUGGCUGCAGAGUGUAUGCAGAUGUUUUGCCUUGUCACUCAAGUAGUAUGAGGUAUCAGCUAGAAAUAAUCUUAUGGUCUUCAUUUCUGAGAUUUGAUGUUAUUGUCCUUUUAUUAUCUAAUGAUUCAAAUAUUCUUUAGCUUCAGUUCGCUAAUCCUCCUUGACUGUAUAUGAGAAAGAGGUUCAAGUCUAGGUCUGUAAAGAACUCGGUGAAAUGGAUUUUUUUCCUUCAUAUCCUUUUUUAAUGUAACAAAUGUUAAUAGAAAACAGGGAUCAAAUCUGUAACAGUAGAGGUCAAUGGUCAUGGAUUGGCAAGGCGUGUGGUCAGUUCUCCACGCUUGCAGACUCUUUGCCAAGUUUGCAUGUCUUUGUGCAGAUAUGCUCUAGUCCCGUGAUUUUCAGCCUUUUACAAUCUGCGGACCCCUAAUUUUUCCCAAGGAGUCAAGGACCCCUGUACAGAUAGUUUAGGUCAACUGACCUCGCGCUUGCUUUUUUACCUACAUUUUCCUGAUUGCUCUGAAGUAGUCUGCAAGCUCCCUGGGAUUUACCAACUGCCACUUGGAACGCCUACUUCAAAGACAAGUUGUUGGCUCAAUACAGGAAUUACAGGGGAAAAAAAACAUGUUCUGUAAAAUGAAUGAAAUCAGACUAGAUUAUUAUCAUGGCCCCUCUGGCCUUAACAUUAUAAAAUGGGACUAUUUGCAGUGCACGUGCCGGUCAAGGGUGAUGCUACGCUGGACUUUCAAUGAUACGAUAGAAAAGGGAAGCAGACUAGUUCAAAUUCUGCACUUCAGUGGUUUUCCUUUUUAACCCUGGCAGCACUUGUUAUUAGGAUUGAACAAUGUUAGUCCUUUUUCUCCUGUGUUACUCCAGUCCAGUAGGUUCAUGUGUAUUUGAGAAAAAAAGAGAAAAGAAUUGAAGGUGUAAAAAAGAAAAUAUUCUGAGAAACUCUUGUCAAAUGUACCAUAUUUGUAUGAAGAGCUGCUUGAGUUAUUUUGUACAAUGAAUUUUAUUUAUGGUGGGGUAUUUUAUGCUCGUGAUCUGAUAUGGUGUUAAAUUUUUGAUCCAUAUUUGCUAUGCAGCUGAAGAUGAUACUUUUUUUUUGCUGUUGUUCUAAAAUUCAGCCAACAGAAGUUUCCAUAUCCAUUAAAAAAUACUUCUGUAAGAGUAAAGUAUCUGGUACAUGGUGAUAUGUCCCGUAACACAGCAACCAACAGUGUGUAAAACAAAUGUGAGAUGAAUUUUGUGAUGAAGAGAAAUAAAAACUUGGCCCAUUCAUGAAAUGGGCAAACUUUA